AGGGAGUCAAAGCGAAAGUUCAGGAUGUCUUAUAAAAACCGAAUCGACAUCUUCGAUGGUACGCAGUUUAAGUUCUUGGUUUGUUUUAAUCGUGCAGAAUGAGAUUGCUGGGUUUGUCAGCGCUUUUUGCGCUCGUUCUACUAGUAGCUGCUGAAGAACCCAAGAAAUCCGUCGCAGAAAGUAACAAAAAAUCGGAAGAUUCUCGGCCUGCCGAGACCCAAUCGGAGGACAAACGCCAAGACAAAAGAGGAAUCGAACUGGGUUAUGGAGGAGGCGGAGAUGGAGGGUAUGAACAGGGUGGCGGUGACUAUGGAAGCAGCGGACUCGGAGGUGGCGAUUACGGGGGCAGCAGCGGUUUCGGGGGCGGCAGCGGUUUUGGGGGCGGCAGCGGUUAUGGGGGUGGUUACGAAGGUUUACACGAAAAAACAGUGACGGUUGUUAAAAACGUCCCUGUACCCGUACCGGUGGAAAAACAGGUACCUGUACCGGUCGAAAAGACCGUCCACGUACCUUACAAAGUAAAUGUACCCCAGCCGUACCCAGUCGAAAAGAAGGUACCAUACGCGGUACCAUACAGGAUCAACGUGCCAGUUAAAGUACCACAACCGUACCCCGUAGAAAAGCCCGUCCACUAUCCCGUUGAAGUACCAGUAGACCAGCCCUAUCCCGUCAAGGUUAUCGUACCCCAACCAUACCCCGUGGAGAAAGAAAUUCCAGUACCGGUUAAGGUUUACGUACCACAACCCUACCCCGUCGAGAAAAAGGUACCUUACACUGUGAAAAUACCCGUGCAUGUACCUCAGCCAUACCCUGUCGAAAAAAUCGUACCUUACCCCGUUAAAGUUCAUGUCGACAGACCGUACCCCGUUCACAUACCCAAACCAGUGCCUGUACCAGUAGAAAAGAAGAUUCCAUACCCUGUACCAAAACCAGUACCGUACCCAGUCAAAGUACCUUUCGACAGACAUAUUCCCUACCCAGUUGAAAAACCUCAACCGUACCCAGUUAAGGUACCUGUACCACACCCAUACCCAGUAGAGAAAAAUAUUCCAUAUCCAGUAGAAAAGGCAGUACCGUACCAAGUUAAAAUUGAAGUCGACAAACCCGUGCCCUAUCCCGUUUAUAAGAAAGUAGCAAUUCCCGUUUCUAAACUCGUCCCAUACCCGGUUAAAGUACCAAUUCCGGUACCUGUCAAGGAACAUCAUCAAGAAGAAGAAAUUCAAAUUGAAUACGGCGGCGGUUACGGUGGAGGUGACGGGGGUGAUUUCGGAGGUGGACAUGAAUUGAGUGGUGGGGGUGGUGGCUACGAACACCACUAAACUUCAACAAUAAAACCGGUGAUAUUUUCUAGUUGA